AUGCUGACUCUCACAGCUCCCCUACCGAUCCUUUCAUAUUGGGGCUCGGGGUCGGGCCCAGGGGGAGUCGCCACCAUUGCGUCCCACGAUUGGAGUGCCAACGGAAGCCCAGAAGAUGGGCUGGACGGCGGGGACAACGAGGACAAGGCCAUCGACGGCGACGCCGAGGGGGUGUGGAGCCCGGAUAUCGAGCAGAGUUUUCAGGAGGCCCUCGCCAUCUAUCCGCCAUGUGGCCGGAGGAAAAUCAUCCUAUCGGAUGAGGGCAAGAUGUAUGGUCGCAAUGAAUUGAUAGCGCGGUACAUCAAACUGAGGACGGGGAAAACUCGCACAAGGAAACAGGUUUCUAGUCACAUACAGGUGUUAGCACGGAAGAAAGUUCGCGAAUACCAGGCGGGUAUCAAGGUUUCUAGCCACUUGCAGGUUCUCGCCCGGAGAAAAUCUCGCGAGAUCCAGUCAAAGCUAAAGGCGAUGAAUUUGGAUCAGGCAUCCAAAGACAAAGCCCUCCAGAACAUGGCGGCGCUCUCGUCGGCGCAGAUCGUCUCGCCGAGCAUGAUCAAGAAUCAUCUUCCGCCGAUGCCCCCUGCCCCCUACCAGCCAGGCAGAUUCUGGCCCGCGCCGAUUCCGGGACAGCCUGGACCUUCUCAGGAGCUUGUUCUAGAUCUCAACCCGGGAAGGACUCCUGGGCUUGGCCGCACCAGCCAUGCUAUCAAACCUUUUGCACAGCCCCCAUACCCGAGCCUAUCAGGUCCUGUACCGCAGUCCAUACCAAGUUACGAACCCUUGGCGCCGCCCCUCGCGCCCACAGCUACAGCGGUGCCAGUGUGGCAGGACCGGACCAUCGCCUCCUCGAAGCUGCGCAUGUUAGAGUACUCGGCCUUCAUGGAAGUCCAGAGGGACCCGGACACUUACAGCAAACACCUGUUUGUCCACAUAGGACAGACCAACCCCUCCUACAGCGACCCCCUCCUGGAGGCUGUGGACAUCCGACAGAUCUACGACAAGUUCCCCGAGAAGAAGGGCGGCCUCAAGGAGCUUUACGAGAAAGGCCCUCAGAACGCAUUUUUCCUGGUUAAAUUUUGGGCCGACCUGAACAGCAGCGGCAUGCAGGACGGCCCCGGGUCUUUCUACGGCGUCACCAGCCAGUACAGCAGCGCCGAGAACAUGACCAUCACCGUUUCGACCAAAGUCUGCUCCUUUGGGAAGCAGGUGGUGGAGAAAGUCGAGACCGAGUACGCCCGCCUGGAGGGGGGCAAGUGCGUUUACAGGAUCCACCGCUCCCCCAUGUGCGAGUACAUGAUCAACUUCAUCCACAAGCUCAAGCACUUGCCCGAAAAGUACAUGAUGAACAGUGUUCUUGAAAACUUCACCAUCCUGCAGGUGGUAACGAACCGGGACACCCAAGAGACGUUGCUGUGCAUCGCGUUCGUGUUCGAGGUGUCCACCAGCGAGCACGGCGCCCAGUAUCACGUCUACAGACUUGUGAAGGACUAAGCAAAAAAAAAAAAAAAAAAAACCGAAAAAAAAAUAAGUGAAAACACGCCGUCCCCCCUCUCUUCAGCCAGCAAAACCAGAAACGACGCUAGUGAACUAACACUCACACACACAUAAGAAAAAAAUAAAAAAUAAACACCGACAAUCGCACACACUUGCAUUUACAGACCAGUAGCUUGUGUUGAAACUUGCUUUAGAUGGAGUGGAGGUACGCCAAGGAGCUUGAGGGAAUGAGAAGGUGUUGAAUGAGAUCACUCAGAGCAAGAAGAGACGACAGAACUGGACCACAGAGGAAGAGGAAGCGGUGUUGCAGUAGAUUUUGUUCGGAAAGAAAAGUGCCUUUUUUUUUUCCUCCAAAGAUAUCGUUGCCUGCCACUUUGAAUUGCCUUUUGUACUACCUCUUUUUUUUUUUUUUCUCUCUCUCAAAUGACAGAUCAUCAUAAAAGAGAUUCAAUUGGAAAUAAGCCCGUCAGGCUUUUCACGCCAACAUUUAUCAGUGAAAAGACUUUUUGCCUUAUCAUUCUGGUACUGCCUGUCUGUUUUAAAUCUUGUUUGACACGGGGUACACACAUACCGAUUUUCCCACACAAGGCUUUGUGAUCAUAAAUUUUGAACAGGUUUAAUAUUUAUGGGGGGGAAUCACUCACCGAAUCCCACACCACAGGAUAAUCAUUUAGGAUAAUCUGUUAGAAUCCUCUAACAAUCGGGCCCUCAGUGACUUUGAUUGGAAAGGGGGAAUGCUAAAAUUUGGUACAAUUAUCAAUAUGUUUGUACCCUGCUUCAAUCGGUGUUGACCACACACAUAAGCUAUUGUGAUCCUAAAUAUUGAACAGGUUUAACAUUUACGAUACACACAUCCCAAACCACAGGUUAAUCGCGCAGGAUAAUCAUUUAGAGACAUCUGACAAUCGAGCCUUUGCUGACUUUGAUCUGAAGAUGGGGGAAAUCCUCAAAUUCAGCCCAAUUGUUGGUGUGUAUGUAUCACACUUAAUUUGAUAUCGUUCUGUUUCACGUCACAAUCACAAAGUCUGUGACUUGGCUAAUAUCUGUGUUGAUCACACACAAGUGUUUGCGAUCAUAAAUACUGAACAGUUUUAAUAUCUACAAUUGUCGCCCUGACUGUCUUUCGAGGGAGGGAAAAAAUAAUAAUUUUAACACACCCCACACCAGUGGCUAAACGCUCAUGACAAUCUUUUAGAGACAUGCAACAAUCGGUCCUUUGCAGACUUUGAUUGGAAAGAGGGGAAAUACUUAAAUCCGGCCCAAAUAUCAGUAUGUGUGUAUCUCACUUUAAUUGGUGUUGAUUGUAAAUAUUGAACAGGUUUAACAUAAGAUCUUUUAAGAUCUUCAGCCCAGCUCGUCUUCCGAGCAGGCCGGGGAGGAAAGAAAAUCUCUCAACACUACAGCAAAAUUGCUCAGGAUAAUCUUUUCGAGACAUCCGACAAUCAGUUCUCUGCUGACUUUGAUUGAAAAGGGGGGACGAAAUGAUCAUAUUUGAACUGAUUAUCGGUAUGUGUGUACCCCGUUUUACAAAUAAAAGAUUUUCUGACACUACGGAUGCCUUUUACUGUUGCUCGUCUUACAUAAAACCAGCGACACCCCCGUUGUUACAUUGCUUUAUCGGAAGAUGUGUGCUCGGCUGUGCUGUGGGGCGGUGGAGAUAAAGUGACAGCAGUGUUUUGUUUUUACGCCUUGACGUGUAUGUAGCCUAAAGUGAAAACUACGUUGUUGUUGUACUGUGAGUCAAGUGGAUUCUAAAGGAAUAUGUGUUACAUAGGAGUAUUUUUUAAUUAGAGGAGGGGAAAGGGGGUGUUUAUUUUUGAUCAAGUGACCCAGCACAGAGGGGAACGAGCGAAUUGAAAUCACGGUUUCUUUUGUUUAAGAAAGAAAUUGCAUGCUGUGAAGCCAUACACCUUCACUCACUAUGCACAGAAGCUUCAGUUGUUCAUAUUUAAGACAAUUUAAUCCACAUCCAACUCCAACCUGUUGUCUCUGUGCUGUGUGGAAUGUGAUUGUUAUUUAUAGGGUUGGAAAGCAGAUGCUAAUAAUAAGGGCAGAGUGGGGUUCACUUAAUCAGUUUUGCAUUGAUUUGGAGAUGGUGAAACGGAAAAGCGUCCGUGUGUGUGUGCGUGUGUGUGUGUGUGUGUGUGUGUGUGUGUGUGUGUGGGUGUGGGUGGGUGGCUCACUGGACAAUUUUUCGCCAUAAAAUUGGACACAUUUUGACAAAAGUGCCUGCCUGGCUUUGAAUCUCGUAUUUUGCAAACUAGACACACAAAAAAAAAUAAUAAUGCUCCUUGCUCAGUGUAUCUUUUAUACAGUUUUCUCGCCAUUACCAGCAUUUGUCCAUGUUUUGAUUCUGUUGUGUUUUUGACUGUGAGUGUUUUGCCUCACUGAAAAUAAUGUGUGAUUGUGUUGAUAUUGAUAAUUAAUAAUAAUGUGUCAUAUUCUGAAUGGUGUGGGAAGGUGUUUUAUUGUUUUUGGUUUAAGGUGGUUUACUCUUGUCUUUGCCACAAUUGUGAAUUGCAAUUUUAUACUUCCGAAUAGAGGUUGGACUAUGUAAUCAAAACAAUGUAUCUAACAAUAAAAGACACAUGGUGCCUUUGGGGGCCAUUUUCCCCAUGA